AGUUUCGAAGCCCACGGAAAAAAAAAAACCCCAACUGGAAGCCCAACGAAUAAUCUUUUCCGAAUCUUCCUCUCACCGUGAACUGUUUCGCUUCUAUUAAAAACCUUCACGAGCUUUCCUUUUUCUUUACUGUCUUGAUCUCUCCGCCUGUUUCUCUCAUCUUCGUUUGUUUUCUCGUUUGGUUGUUGUUGAACAAGUGGUAAUACUAUGGCUACAAAGAAGAGCGUUGGGGAUUUGAAGGAAGCUGAUUUGAAGGGAAAAAGAGUUUUUGUAAGAGUUGAUCUGAACGUUCCAUUGGAUGAUAACUUAAACAUAACUGAUGACACCAGAGUCCGUGCGGCUGUUCCCACUAUCAAGUACUUGAUGGGUCAUGGCUCUAAAGUCAUCCUUUCCAGUCACUUGGGCCGUCCAAAGGGUGUCACUCCUAAGUACAGCUUGAAACCUCUUGUGCCAAGACUAUCUGAACUCCUUGGAGUUGAGGUUAAAAUGGCAAAUGACUGUAUUGGUGCAGAAGUUGAGAAAUUGGUGGCAGAACUUCCAAAUGGAGGUGUAUUGCUGCUUGAGAAUGUGAGGUUCUACAAGGGGGAAGAGAAGAAUGAUCCUGAAUUCGCAAAGAAGCUAGCAUCUCUUGCAGAUGUCUAUGUUAAUGAUGCAUUUGGCACUGCUCACAGAGCCCAUGCUUCCACAGAGGGGGUGGCUAAGUUCUUAAAGCCUUCUGUUGCUGGUUUUCUUAUGCAGAAGGAACUUGAUUAUCUUGUUGGAGCUGUGGCAAAUCCCAAGAAGCCAUUUGCUGCAAUUGUUGGUGGGUCUAAGGUAUCAACAAAGAUUGGAGUGAUUGAAUCCCUCUUGGCCAAGGUUGAUGUUCUCUUAUUGGGUGGAGGAAUGAUCUUUACAUUCUACAAGGCCCAAGGAUAUUCAGUUGGAUUAUCACUUGUGGAGGAAGACAAACUUGAUCUAGCGACCUCACUCCUUGAGAAGGCCAAGGCAAAAGGGGUGUCUCUCUUGCUUCCCACUGAUGUCGUUAUUGCUGACAAGUUUGCAGCUGAUGCUAACAGCAAGGUGGUGCCAGCAUCUGAGAUCCCAGAUGGUUGGAUGGGCUUGGAUAUAGGACCCGACUCCCUGAAAACCUUCAAUGAGGCUUUGGACACUACCAAUACAAUUAUUUGGAACGGACCCAUGGGCGUGUUUGAGUUUGAGAAGUUUGCUGCAGGCACUGAGGCGAUUGCCAAGAAACUUGCUGAGCUCAGUGGCAAUGGAGUGACAACCAUCAUUGGAGGAGGUGACUCUGUUGCAGCUGUGGAGAAGGCUGGGCUUGCUGAUAAGAUGAGCCACAUCUCCACUGGUGGUGGUGCUAGCUUAGAGCUUCUUGAGGGAAAACAACUCCCUGGAGUCCUUGCUCUUGAUGAUGCUUAAGCUUAAUUUUGCACCUUUAUGCUUUUUGUGCAUUUUUUACUGCUGUAAUGUUGCUGGUUUUGCAGCCAAGAGUGAAUUAGUAGUAAUAGCAGAGCUGAUCGUGUAGAGUCUUAUAUGGUGACUUAAAAAAUAAAAUGGUUUCUCGUAUGCAACCAUCAUAGAUGCAUUCGGAUUGGAUGUUAUUUGGGACCAUUGUUGAUCCAAUUGCAUUAGUGCUUGUUUUGUUUAUAUCCUCUUGAUAGCUUAUCGAGUAUUUGAGGCUGGAGUUGCAUU